AUGGAAAUCAUUGAAACCAUUAAUAAUUCAAAGUAGCUUAUUGGAGGAGCAUAUAAUUAAAAUGAACUUGUGAUUGCUUAAUGGGGUGGCAAUGUCAUAUUUAAGAGAUAAAACGAAUAAGAUGUUAAAGUUAAUACAUUCUGUGUUGGUAAUAAAUGAAUAUAUUUUUAAGGGUUAUUAAAGAUGGCUGAUGAUAAAUAUUUAUGCUUCACAAGCAAAAAUUAUUUAUUAUAAAUUAAUGAAGAUAGAAAGAUUGAAUAAAUUGAUUAGCAAGAUAGUCCCUAUUUUGUAUGUGAUUUUUAUUUGAAAACUUGUCUAUUCAUGCAUAAUACAAUUUAAUAAUAACGAUUUUUAUGCCUUUGGAAUAUGCUGACGUAAUAGAAAUCUAGAUAUGAACAUAUCAGCAGCAUUACAAGUGUAAUGGCUGCUGAUGACGGUAUUUGGAUAGGAGAUAAGGAUGGAUUUUUGAAUUUUAUAACUUAUAAACUAAAGCUUCAGAAACGUGUAAGAAGUAUAUAAUUCUUAUAUAUCUAGUAUUUUAAAACGAAAUCUCUAAGAUUUAAAUUAUGAACAAGAAAAUAUAUUGUGUUUCAUAGUAGUAACUUAAACUAUUUUGUUAAGAUUAAGUUGUCUCUAUAUGUAGUUUCGAUAGUGAAAUUAGCUGUAUUGGUGCAUUCAAAAAUAAAUUGAUAUUAGGAACAACAAAUGGAUAGUUAAUGAUUUAAGAAAAUUACAAGAAUUUUGCAAAACAUUAGAUACAUGCUAGUUCCAUUACGAGUUUCUCUGUUAAUGGUACUCAAAUUGUAACAACAAGCAGUGAUCGUACUGCUAAAAUCAUUCAAUUAAGAUGUGAAUGAAAAC